AUGACUGGCAAAGACCGGACAGAUAAAUUCAGUCCAAUUUUUAAUUUCUGUGAAUUAAGACGUUUAACGCAUUUAACAGAACAUGGAACAGUGGAAAAAUAAAAUCGCGGUUGUAACAGGUGCUUCAGCCGGGAUUGGUGCUGCAAUUGCUGUGGACCUGGUUAAAGCUGGAAUGAUCACAAUCGGAUUAGCUCGAAGGGUUGAAAGAGUUGACGCUCUAAAGAAAAAUCUUCCGGAAAAUCUUCAAGGAAAUCUUCACGCUGUGAAAUGUGAUGUGUCCAAGGAAGAUGAUAUCGUGAGAGUUUUUGAAUGGAUCGAAACUAAAUUUAAAGGAAUUGAUGUAUUAAUCAACAAUGCCGGAAUAGUUAGACAAACUGAGCUUAUCAAUAAGGAUAAUUCAAAUGCAAUUCAUGAAGUGAUUAAUACAAACGUUCUUGGUCUUGUCUUCUGUACCAGAGAAGCUUACAAGUCAAUGGAAAAGCACGGGAGAAAUUCUCAUGUCGUUCACAUAAACAGCAUUGUUGGACAUAAUAUCAUCCGUAAUCUUCAAAUGCCUUCAACCAGCAUAUAUGCCCCAAGUAAAUAUGCAGUAACUGCAAUUACAGAAAUCCAUCGUCAAGAAUUCAUUCGCAGCAAGCAUCACAUCAAAGUGACUUCUGUAAGUCCAGGUGCUGUUAAAACUGAGAUAGUUCCAGAAGAUUAUUUAGAGAAAUUUGGUGAAUUUCCUUUACUACAACCUGAAGAUGUAUCACAAAGUGUCCUCCAUGUUCUGGGUACACCUCCUCAUGUUCAGAUACAUGAACUAAUCAUCAAGCCCGUUGGCGAAACUUUUUAAAUAAAAAAGAACACCUAUAUGCAAUGGCUGGUGCUAUAUCGCUAUGUAAUAAAAAAAGGUUAUCGAAUAUAAUAUCUCCGAUAUAA